CCCUCGAUCGGCCUUGAGCCCUGAGCAACAGGAUAGCCCGGGUCACGGGAAAACACCAAUCCGCCGAAAAAAUAACGCAGGGGCGAGUGAGAAAAAAAAAGAGAACGGAUGCAUCCCGUGUCGACGCAACGCCUGGCGCCCGUCCCCAGCGCCAACGCCAGCGCCAACCACCAGCGCGCGCUUCUCCCGCCGUCUCCUCUGCAGCUUCGGCCACGGACCAGCACCAGGUCCUCGGCGUCCGCCAGAUCGGCGCCGCGCGCCGUCUCGCCCGCGACCCCAACCACCGCAGCCACCAACGACCCGGACGCCGGCGCGCAGCCAGAUAAGUGGGCGGAGUUCGCGGCGCGGGUGUCCGGCGAGUGGGACGGCUUCGGCGCGGACUUCACGGUGGCCGGCGAGCCCGUGGAGCUGCCGGCCAACGUGGUCCCGGACGCGUACCGCGAGUGGGGGGUCCAGGUCUUCGACUGGCAGACGCAGUGCCCCACCCUGGCCGACCCCGCCGCGCCGGGCGCGCUCCACUACCGCCUCGUCCGCCUCCUCCCCACCGUCGGCUGCGAGGCCGACGCCGCCACCGUGCACACCUCCCACCAGCGCCACGUCUCCUCCGCCACCGCCUUCACCUACAGCGGCGGGGGCUCCUACGUGGCCACGUGGCCCAAGGGCCCCUCGGCCGUGCUGGAGGUGGAGCACUGCAUCUGCCACCCGGACAACGCGGAGGUGCGGGUCAGGCUGGUGCAGACGGUGGCGCUGGCCAAGGACGCGGCCCGGCUGCGCGGCGUCAAGGUGUUCUCCGAGCAGUGGUACGGCCCCUACCGCAACGGCGACCAGCUCGGCGGCUGCGCGCUCCGCGAGUCCGCCUUCGCCGCCGGUGAGAGGCUCGCCGCGUCGGAGGUGGCGGGGCAGUGGGAGAGCGCCGCCAGGUUUUCCGGCGCGCUGGACCCCGUGACGGGCAAGUUCGCGGGGCUGGAGCCGGAUCAGGAGCCGCGGAGGACAGCGAGGGACGGUGCCGGCGUGGUGACGCUGCUGCCGAAGCAGCUGUGGAGCUCGCUCAAGGUGAGCGGCGACGGCGAGGACGGCGAGGUGGUGUGCGAGGUCGGGUGGCUGCUGGGCCACGGCAGCGCGGUCACGUCGACGUGCGUCCUCUCUAGAGACGGAGACGUCAAGGAGAUAGCUGCGGCGCAGGAGACCCGGGUGUCGGAGGCCACCUGACCUGCGGCAGCCACUGCCAGGACCUCUUCAGAUAAUGACCUAGGGCCCGUUGGUCAGUGACGCACAUCACGGCACUCCGGCGACAUGGCAGUGAUGCGACGGCGACACGACACGGCAAUUUUUCGGCGAAGCGGCGGUAGCACAAUGGCUUUCUGCUGGGGCAGCGGUGACGCGGUGGGCUUUUGACGAAGCGACAGUGGCAUGGUGGCUUUUCGGCGACGUGGCUGUCCAUGGGGUGGCAACGACACAAUGGUUUUUCAGCGAAUCGGCGCGACAUGGUGGCUUUAUGGCGACGCGGCAACUGUUCACGGGGCGGCAACGACACAGUGGUUUUUCGGCGAAGCGGCACGGUGGCUUUCCUGCGACGCGACAGUUUCAGGCAGUUACCUUGUGCCAAAAGUUUACAGGAAGCAAGACUUCAUCUAAACCAAAGCGAAGUUGAGAUCAAAUUUACAUGAUUGUGUAAAUUCAAUUCACAUUUACAGGAUUUGUUGGAGAUGCUUUUGUGCCGAAACUUCUCUUAAAUGGUAGUUAUUUUACAAAUACGGGUCUGUUGGAGUUGCUAUAAACUAAUUGUCUGUUUGUUCA